UGGGCGGUUAUGGCUUCAGGGACUGCAGGGCGGGCCCGCAGGGCCCGGCGCAGAGUCCGGGUCGUGCACCCGGCCGCGGCGCGGACCCGCUCGGCGGAAGACUGGUGGUGGGAUCGACUUGCUCCGAGCGGCUCAGGAUACCACCUGCUGCAGUCAGACAGCAUGCUGCUGGUGCUGCCAGGCCCGGGGCCCGCCCGCCCCCGCGCGCAGAGGCGCGCCGCCCGCCGAGCUCAGCGGCUGCGGUCCCCGGGGUCCCGUGCGGCCGAGGCCAAACCCAGGACCGCGCCCGCGCCCACGCCGCUGCAGGAGCCCGACCCGGGCUGGGGCGACCGCGUUCCCCUGGAAAUCCUGCUGCAAAUUUUCGGGUUGCUGGUGGCGGCUGAUGGGCCUAUACCGUUUCUCGGCAGGGCUGCGCGCGUGUGCCGCCGCUGGAACGAGGCCGCCUCCCAGCCUGCGCUCUGGCACACCCUGACCCUGUCUUCCCCGCUGGCUGGCCGCCCCGCCAAGAGUGGGGCCAAGGCUGAGAAAAAGCUCCUUUCUUCCCUGGAGUGGCUUAUGCCCAAUCGGUUCUCACAGCUCCAGAGGCUGACUCUCAUCCACUGGAAGUCCCAGCUACACCCUGUGUUGAAGCUGGUUAGCGAGUCCUGUCCUCGGCUCAGCUUCCUCAAGCUUUCUGACUGUCAUGGUGUGACCCCUGACGCUCUGAUCAUGCUAGCCAAAGCCUGUCCUCAGCUCCACAGCCUGGACAUACAGCACUCAAUGGUGGAGUCCACGGCUGUGGUAAGCUUCUUGGAGGAAGCUGGACCCCGAAUGCAGAAGCUGUGGCUGACCUACAACUCCCAGACAACAGCCAUCUUGGGUGCACUGCUGGGCAGCUGCUGCCCACAGCUCCAGGUCCUGGAGGUGAGCACUGGCCUCAACCACAACAUCACUCCCCUCCAGCUGCCUGUAGAGGCCCUGCAGAAAGGCUGCCCCCAGCUGCAGGUGCUGCGGCUGUUGAACCUGAUGUGGCUGCCCAAGCCUUCCGGGCGAGCGAUGACUCCUGGCCCAGGUUUCCCCAGCCUUGAGGAGCUCUGCCUUGCUAGCUCCACCUGUAACUUUGUGAGCAACGAGGUCCUGGGCCGCCUGCUCCAUGGCUCCCCUCACCUGCGCCUGCUGGAUCUGCGCGGCUGUGCUCGGAUCACGCCUGCUGGCCUGCACGAUCUGCCGUGUCAGGAGCUGGAGCAGCUUCACCUGGGCCUGUACGGCAUGUCAGACCGGCUGACUCUAGCCAAGGAAGGCAGCCCUCUGCUCACCCAGAAGUGGUGUCACAGUCUGCGGGAGCUGGACUUGAGUGGCCAGGGCUUCAGUGAGAAGGACCUGGAGCAGGCCUUAGCUGCCUUCUCAGGCAGCCCUGGGGGCUCCCACCUGGCCCUGUGCUCCCUCAACCUCAGGGGCACUCGGGUCACACCGGGCACAGUCAGCUCUGUGAUAAGCAGCUGCCCAGGUCUGCGGUACCUCAACCUGGAGUCCUGCCGCUGCCUUCCCCGGGGCCUGAAGCGGGCCUACAGGGGCCCAGAGGAAGUCCAAUGGUGCCUGGAGCAGCUGCUCACCACCCUGCCCUCCCCCAGCUAGCCAGCUCCAGGCCUCUCUGCCAGCCAGCCCUGCUCUGCCUCUUUUCCCAGUUUUGGAUAUUUGAGUGUUUUGUUAUAAUAAAACCCUUUUUGGAA